AUGCUCACGCGUGUGCUGUGCCGUGCCCAGCCCGUGGAGGUGAGCGGGGCCAUCGAGGAGGAGUUCACUGUGGCCCGGCUCUACAUCAGCAAGAUCAAGUCAGAGGUGAAGUCGGUGGUGAAGCGGUGCCGGCAGCUGGAGAACCUGCAGGUCGAGUGUCACCGCAAGAUGGAGGUGACAGGCCGGGAGCUCUCCUCCUGCCAGCUCCUCAUCUCCCAGUACAUCGUGAAGUGUCACGGGACCACGCUGCUGCCCCGGUUCCUGGGCAUGUACCGGGUGAGCGUGGACAGCGAGGAGACCUACCUGCUCGUCAUGAGGAACAUGUUCAGCCACCGGCUCUCCGUGCACAGGAAGUACGACCUCAAGGGCUCCCUUGUGUCCCGUGAAGCCAGCGACAAGGAGAAGGGCAAAGACUUGCCCACACUGAAGGACAUGGACUUCCUGAACAAGAACGAGAAGGUCUACGUGGGCGAGGAGGACAAGAAGGACUUCAUGGAGAAGCUCAAGAGAGAUGUGGAGUUCCUGGUGCAGCUGAAGAUCAUGGACUACAGCCUGCUGCUGGGCAUCCACGACGUGGCGCGGGCAGAGCAGGAGGAGGAAGAGGAGGUGGAAGAGGAGGAGGGCGGGGGCGACGAGGCGGGGGCCGCCAUCGUGGGCUCCUACGGCACCUCCCCGGAGGGCAUCGGCAGC